GGCUGAAGUUAUGCUAUCGUAGGACUUGUUAUUGUGUACCAGACGAUGAAAUCACUCACAUAAUUAUACAAGUACACACUUGCAUUAGAUGUGUAUGUAUUCGUAUGUCAUCAUGACAAACAUAAGCGAUUCAAUCAGUAUGGAAUAAAAGUUGAAUACUUGUGAUGGAAGUUUUGUUAUGCAGUGAAAAUUAGAUUUAUAUGCCUGAACACCUCGUACAUGAUGACACUACGUCCAAGUUUUAAACUAUUUUACAAUUCUAAUGAAUGUACAAACUCGCCAAAAACUGCAGAAGUAAAUGAAUCAUUUACAAAUUUGAAAAUCCUCUUCACGUGUUUAUCAGCUCCAAUCAUCAUAUCUGAUUGAGGAUUGCUUGUUUUAUGUAAACACUUGAGUGUGCUACAAUCUUCAGUACCAAACUGGCUUACUGUACAACACAGGAGGCUAUAUCUCACCUAUUGACACUAAUACAAACAAAAUAUACUUCAUAGUAAAGAACAGAAAAUCCAGUGUUCGGUUGAUUUCUUUAUUGAUAUUAUGAAUGAGAGAAAUUGUACACACUUCAGUCUAUCGAAUAGCCUCCAUCAUGAAGAGCAUGAAGAUAAAAAUAACAAUGAUACCAUAGAAAUUUUUGAACACCAGUCAACUGACCAUUCAUCUUCUUCGAUUAAUCAUGAUUUACAAUGUAAUACUUGUGACUAUGUCGAAAUUCUUGACUUAAGUUUGCGUAAGAUCAAAACAUCUGAUGUCUAUCCGUCAAGAAAUCAUUUAUUUGAGUCUAAGAAAAAUCAAUAUGAUCGAAAACAAAAUGACUUUUUACUAAACUGCCUAUCGCUUACAUCAUCAUGUUUAUCUAGUAAUUUCACUAGCACAAUAAUUAAUACAGCUGCUUCUGUAUCACCUGUUAGUUCAACGCGUCCAAUAACCCCCAAAGAUACCAGUUGUUUUAAUGAUUUAUUAAAUAUUGCUACUGCCAUGAUGAAUUUGAAUAGAUUACCACAGGUCAACAAUGACAAAUCCCCUGAAAACAUCAAGAACAACAACAACAAAAACCAUUGAUUAAUUUCAGAAAUUCAUUAGACAGUGAAACAUACUUCAGCAAAACAAGUUGUUUAUCACAUCUCUCAUAUGAUCUUUAUCAAUUAUUGUCAAUGCCUAAUGUUAUUCCUUAUCAACAACAAAAUAACCAUUAUCACUAUCCAAUUUAUUCUCAAUAUAGUCCAAGUAUAUUGUAUUCAUUGAUUAAACAACAGUUGAAAUUUUCUAAUCUCAACUUCACAAGUCAAACGCCUACAACAGUUCCAUUUACAAUAAAUUUCGAUAUUUGGUACAAGCACUUUAUUCAAAAUUUAUGUCAGUCAAUUGUGAAACAUCAACAACGAAAAGUCGAAUAUCAACAAUCUCGACUUGAUGAAGGAUUACGACACGAUGAAGAAAAGCAGAAGGUGAGUGAAGAGCUACAACUGGAGUUAAACUCAUUUAAUCUACACUGGGACGCAAUGAAGUCUUCUCGAGAAGUAAAUAAUGCAGCUGAGAGUCCACAGUCUGGUAUAUACAAUGCUCUAUGUAUGACGAAAGAAAAGAAUCAAAUCUCCAGGAUGGAAUCAAAUAUAGACAAAUUAUCUACUGAUGUUGGUUCACAGAAGUAUAUUACCUUUCAAAGUGGACUGAAGUCCACACAUCAGCAAUCACAUGUCUACAAACUAGUGGAUUCAGAUUUGUUGGACAGAUCUAAAUCACCUUGUUUUUCUUCUCCUCCUUCUUCCUGCUCUUUGAAUCCUCUACAUCGUCAUCGUCAUCAUCAUACUUAUCAUCAUCGUAAUCACCAGUCAACUAAUAAUCAAACUAAUUAUAGAUUGCAACCAGCCCAUAAUAGUAAUUCUGUUAGUGAUAAUAGUUGUACUACUAAUUUAACUUCAGUAUAUCGUUAUCAAUGUCCACACUGUAUGAAAGAAUUUCCACGUUCUGCUAAUUUAAAUCGACAUUUACGUACACAUACUGGGGAAAAGCCUUAUCGUUGUGAAUAUUGUCAAAGAGGUUUUAGUAUAUCUUCUAAUAUGCAACGUCAUAUUAGAAAUAUACAUCAACGUGAACGUCCAUUUAUCUGUACAAUAUGCACAAGAGCAUUUGCUCAAAGAACAAAUUUAGACAGACAUAAACGACACCACUGGACACAGUUAACCAAUUUAAAACAAAAUGUAUAAGUGAUUUUUAUUUUCUUUAAUAUGCAUUCACAACUAAAUAUCUCAUUUCCCCCUUUUAUUUUAUCAUCAUAAAAAUAUUAAUGCUACUAUUUAUUUUCAUGUAUUGAAACAGUUGAAAACUUAGCUGAAUUUUCGUUUAAAUUUUACCUUUGAUCCAAUAUUCAUUAUCUUAGCCCCAAAUUUCCAUCAUACUACUAAAUUAGUAGUAAAAAUUCAAUCAGGAAAACAGGUUUUGUU